AUAUAACAGAUGUGUAAGAUAAAGUAGUAUUUAGAUGGCUUUAUCUAUUAUGAUAUUGGAUUAAUCACCCUAAUGGACCUUCAUGGAUGCUAUGAGCUGUUUCUAGCGCCCGGUGUACCAAUGUAUCAUUGAUACAUCCUUUAUCGCCUGCACAUUUGUUAGUGAUGCUGAUAUUAACUGAUCAUUUAGUAACUUUUUGGCGUCUGGAGAUAAUAAGUUUAUAUUUAUCCCAGUAGUAUAUUACCUAAUUGUGAUUAUAAUGCAUACUCUAUGAAGUUCUGGAUUUGAAGGACAUUUACUACACCUGCUUUUCAAUGACAAUUAUGUGUUAAGAACUGCUAUAUACCAUACAAUAUCUAUGUGGAACCGUGCAAGGGUCACUACAGGCAGUUUGCAGGCAUUAGCUGCAUUAAACCGGCUGUCUAGGCGUUACCAAAUUGAUAAGAUACAACGUCUAUCAGCAAAUUUUGAGCGUGCAUGCUGGAGAUCAGUACGCUGUGCCGAGGAAGCUGCAUACCAUCGCAAGUAUGACUUCCUACGUCACUGCGUUAAUGUAAUCAAUUAUCGCAAGUCACAACCUAAAACACGAGUUGUGCCAUUAUCUGAUUUUGCUUCAACUUUGGCUGCAAAAUAUAACGGCGACAAUGCCGAUCAGUUGAAAACGGAAGCAUUACUGAGAAUCAAGACCAUAAAAUCGCAGUUGCCAAAGUGCAUACGUGACGUGGACACCGAUCAGCUGACAACAGAUGAAAUAGUGGACAUGUGUCGUAAAGACGACCUAUCGACUGAAUCAAUUGAAAAUGCCAUAUGCAGUCUAGUGGAAAUAUCAAAUAUUCAAAGGUUGUUAAAAAGGUUUGAUGACGUGCGAAAGAAGGAUAUAUCCGACCCGCCUUAUACCCGUGUAAGGUUGGAAGCUAUGGCGCGGCGUGGGUUGACUACUUCCUAUCAUUAGAGCAAUUUUUUAAUGGUGGAAGCCAAUCGCAUCGUAUUCUCGAUAGCACU